AUGGCUGAUCCUGGGAACAGAAGAGGGAUCAACUGCCCCCCGAGUCUCAUCUGCUCCCUGCUCAUCGUGGGAAUGUGCUGUGUGUCUCCUUUCUUCUGUCAUAGCCAGACAGAUCUGCUGGCUCUCAACCAAGCUGAUCCUCAGUGCUGGGAAUCCUCCUCAGUGCUCCUCCUGGAAAUGCGGAAGCCUCGUAUUUCCAACACUGUUUCUGGCUUCUGGGACUUUAUGAUCUACCUGAAGUCAUCUGAGAACUUGAAGCAUGGGGCACUGUUCUGGGAUCUGGCCCAACUCUUCUGGGACAUCUAUGUGGACUGUGUCCUCUCCAGAAACCAUGGCUUAGGAAGGAGGCAAUUAGCUGGAGAGGAAGAGAAAAUGCCAGCAGUGCAGCCGCGACAUGCAGGGAGUGGAAAAGGUACAUAUUCUCAACUCCUAAGGCUCCUUCAUCUAAAGAAGAAAGAGCUGAUUGAAGAUCUGAAAAGUAGGCAUGGGCGCAGAAGUGGACCUCGGCUCAUUGGAAAAGCAAGCCUGAAAACAAAGCCUUGGAAUUAA